AUGCCGUUUGACAAAACACCGUUAUUUCGAGCUCGGGUGAAAGCGAUUAAAAUGCAGGAAGCAACUAGAUUGAGGCGAGCUGAUAUGCAGCAAGGACAGCAGCGAGAGCAAACAUCCAAUACUUGUAACUUUAGAGAAGAACAAAGAAAGAGAUCUUCGGAAAAUGGCCCGAGCUUCACGUUUUUAUCAUUUACUAUGGAAGCAAAACAAAUUCAUCGAGAGCUUAUCGCUAUCCGAGAUAUGGUUAUUGCAGCAAAAAAGAAUUAUGUCUCAGAUAUUGGUCAUUUCAGGAGGCUGAUAUCUCCCUAUAAAAACAGUAUGACUGAUUUUGAAAGAGAUGAAUUAGAUGCCAGGAUCGAGAGCAUGCUGCGAGAUAACAUCCAGUCGAUACAAACUCUGCAACGCAAAAUUAUUAUUAACACGGAUUUGCGAGCUGAUGAUGAAGCUCCACAUUUGUUUGAGGUUCUUCGAUUACUCGGAAGGAAUCUUAAUCGAACAGCUAAGGUCGUUGCUGAAAUGCGAGCUUUGAGGACGAAAAAAACUACUAACUUUCGGCAAACAUGCAGGUUAGCUACUUUGGCCAAGCUUUAUAGCAUUAAAAAACGCAGAGAAGAGUCGAUAGCCGAAAAAAAGAUGGAUGAAGAUUCGGCUGAAACCGCAUCACUAAAAUCAGAUUCAAUUGCCGAUUUGCAAACUCAUUCCGAAAUUUUUGGCAAACAAGGUUUGAGGAAGAGACUGGGGAUUUCGAGUAAGUUUAAGCAGAAUGAAUGGUCAGUUCCAUCAAAACCUAAUUUGGAAGAAGAUGAAAAUGUAGAUCCAUUAACUGAUUUGGAUGGCGAUGAACGCAUUCAGCUAAUGAUCGAGAAUGAACUUUUGUAUUCUCGUUCGCUUCAAGUAGAUAACGAUAUUCAGAAAGUGGAGAAACAGAUGAUAGAUUUAUAUCGCUUACAAGAAACAUUUGCGGAAAAGGUUGCGGAGCAAGAAAAAGGUAUAUCCCUUGUAAAUGAAACAACAAUAGUAACAGUUGAAAAUCUUCGUCUCGGGAAUGAACAGAUUCGACAAGCCAUUCAGAAUAUGGCGUCGAGACGUGUAAUUCUAUUGUUUUGUAUUAUUGUGCUCACGUUUACUUUACUAUUUUUAGACUGGUAUAAUCCAUAA